AUGGAAACGCCAGCAGGUAAAGCCGAUAGGCCCAGGGACCACGACAGCGAGCAGAGUCAAGACAAUGUCGUCUCCUGGGAAGGAGAGGACGACCCCACGAACCCAUUGAAUUGGUCGCCAUUGGCCAAAUGGGUGCAUGUGGCUAUUAUUUCCAUUGGAACCUUUACAAUAGCGAGAGAGAAAAGCCCGCUGGCCUCAUCCAUCUUUGCUCCCGGUGUGGUCGAGCUGGCUCACGAAUUUCACGAGGAGAAUCAACUGUUGACAACAAUUGUCGUUUCGAUUUUUGUCCUGGGACUCGCCUUUGGGCCUCUGCUGGCCGCCCCCAUAUCCGAGAUGUACGGCCGCUGGAUUUGCUACACUGUGUUUAACAUCCUCUACACUAUUUUCACUGUUGCCUGCGGUGUCUCGACCAACAUUUCCAUGCUGAUUGUCUUCCGUUUCUUCGCUGGCGUCACAGGAUCUGCGCCUCUCACCAUCGGCGGCGGAACAGUUGCGGAUCUAUUUCCCAUGCACCAACGAGGCCUUGCGCUCUCCUUUGUGACGCUGGGCCAGGCUGUGGCCCCAGCCAUCGGGCCUGUCGCAGGCGGGUUCUUGACUCAGAACCUGGGCUGGCGGUGGGUUUUCUGGCUCCUGACGAUUGUGAAUGGUACCAUCACCAUUUGCCAGAUUCUGUUUACCCGUGAGACAUACGCGAUGACCAUUCUAAACCGUAGAGCAAAGAGGCUGCGGAAGACCACCGUACACAGCAGUGUGACGCAUCGCUCGGUUAAUUUUGCAAUUUUCUUCUACAGCCUGGUUCGCCCGUGUAAGUUGCUUCUGCUGUCGCCCAUUUCCCUGAUCGUCGCGUUAUGCUGUGCCGUUAUUUACGGCAUUCUCUACGUGCUGGUGACCACUUUCUCGCCCGUCUUUCAAGAUACAUACCACUUCUCGAUUGGCAUAUCGGGGCUUGGUUAUCUGGGGCUCGGCAUCGGGAACCUCGUCGGCCUCUGGAUCUUUUCAAUGACGAGCGACCGGUAUAUGGUGGCACAGGCAAACCGGUUCGGGUCGGCCAAGCCAGAGCAUCGACUGCCCAUGAUGAUUCUCUCGGGCCCAGUCAUUGCAGCUGGGCUCUUCUGGUAUGGCUGGAGCGUGCAAGCUCGGAUACACUGGAUGAUGCCUAUCGUUGGCUCUGGGAUUGUCGGCCUGGGCAAUAUGUUCUUCUUUAUGCCCAUGGUGAGCUACUUGGUAGAUUCAUUCCCAACUUAUGCCGCGUCUGCUAUCGCCGCGAACGCUGUUCUUCGGUCCAUUGGCGGUGCGGUCUUGCCCCUGGCCGGGCAGCGCAUGUAUGACACGCUGGGGUUCGGAUGGGGAAAUUCUAUUUUGGCGUUCAUGGCUUUGGUAUUUAACCCUUUGCUAAUUGCGAUCUAUCGGUAUGGAGAGUAUAUCCGGACGAGGUGGCAGGUCAAAUUAUAG